CGGCCGCCGCCGCCGCGGUCGCACCCCGUCGGCUUCGUGGAACCUUCCCUUUCCCUCCCUCCCCGGCGACAGUGCAGGGCAGCUCCCCUCCCCCGCCCUUUGCCUUUUUCCCAACCGCCCCCUCCCCCAUUUCUCUCGCUUCGCUGGUGUCUGCCUUCCUCCACCACCAAGGCACCAAGCAGAGCAGCCAAAGCUCCGUCGUUUUUUUUUUUCUCUACCGCCGCCGCCGCCCAAGGAGAAGGAGGCAAGGGGCCAUGUCCGCCACGCCGGAGGAGUCCCUCGGCCAGGGGGCCUACCUCGCCGCCCCGGAGCCCUUCUCCCCCUCCGUCUUCCUCGACCUGCCCCCGACGCCGCGCCCCGACGGCGACGCCGACGACCCGGCCUCCGACGACGACCUCGUCCUCCCCUUCAUCUCCCGGAUGCUCAUGGAGGAGGACAUCGACGACAAGUUCUUCUACCAGUUCCCCGACCACCCCGCGCUCCUCAACGCCCAGCAGCCCUACGCCCAGAUCCUCCUCUCCGACGACUCCGCCACCACCUCCAACUCCAGCUCCGCCGGGACCGCCGCCGCCAACUCCACCCUCUCGCCUUCCUCCUCCUCCGACGCCCCCGCAUCCGCCGAACCCGCCUGGCCCUACGACCCAAUCGAGCUCUCCCAGCUGCUCCGCUCCCCACCCUACCCUGACACGGUGCUGGGCCUCCACGACUUCACCGCCGACGAUGUUGACGCCCUCUUGUUGCAGGGCCAAGGUGAGGCCACCGCCGGCUUUCCGCCCUUCUUGGAUACUGCUGGAGGCGGCGCCGGCGGAGGCCAACGGCAGGGCGCGGCUUCCAUCGCCACCCAGAUCGCCGCUGGUGCCGGAUCCCCUUCACUGGCCGCCCAGAACGCCGGCACCCAGAAUUCGGCUGCGGAAGAGCAGGACACCAAGACAGCAACCGCCUCGGUCAUCCCGAAUUCAGUUGCUGAUGAGCAGGACGCCAAGGCGACAAACGCCACCACCUUGCCCGCUGCCGACAGUGACCCCGCCGCGCUGGCCUCGGCCUUCUUCAGCGCCCAGAGCGGGGAAAGCAUGGACAUGCUCAACAUGGCAUUCCUCAAAGGCAUGGAGGAGGCCAAGAAGUUCCUGCCCACCAACAACAGCCUCCUCAUCGACCUUGAGGACGCACCGGGGCGAUCCUUGCCUGGAGACAGCAAGCCGGCCACUGGCUUUGCUGCCGCCCAAGUGAAGGAGGAGGUGGUGGCGGAUGGGAUGCUACUGUUUGGAGGGAGCACUACUGGUAGGGGGCGCAAGAACCGCCACACCGAUGAGGACUUAGAGGCAGAAUCAGGCAGAAAUAGCAAGCUCAUGAUGCCUGAACAGGAGGAAACCGGUGCCGGUGAGCUAUUCGACGAAUUGAUGUCCUGCAACUACGACGGAUUCCUGAAGCGCAUGAAUGACCUGCGCAUUGCCAUGGAUAGCGAGUCUGAAAAAAGUGCCAGGAGGGUGAGCGGCAAGGGGGCACGGGGGAGGCAGCGUGCCGACGAGGUUGUUGGCCUGCGCACCAUGCUCAUCCAUUGCGCGCAGUCGGUGGCCACUGGUGAUCGCCGAAGUGCGAUGGAGCUGCUGAGGCAGAUCAAGCAGCACUCCUCGCCAAGAGGGGACGCCACACAGCGGAUGGCCCAUUGUUUUGCAGAAGGACUAGAGGCACGACUUGCAGGAACAGGGAGUCAGGUGUACCAGUCACUCAUGGCAAAACGCACCUCAGUUGUGGAGUUCCUUAAGGCAUACAAGCUGUUCACGGCAGCCAGCAGCCUCAAGAAGGUGCAUAUCAUCUUCGCCAACCAGACCAUCUUGAGUGCAGUGGCCGGGAGGAGCAAGUUGCACAUUGUGGUAUACGGUCUACAGUAUGGUUUGCAGUGGCCAGGGUUGCUACAUUUCCUGUCCUGUAGAGAAGGUGGACCGCCCGAGGUGAGGUUCACCGGCAUUGACCUCCCACAGCCUGGGUUCCGCCCAGCCUACCAGAUUGAGGAAACAGGCCGCCGGCUAAGCAACUGUGCCCUCGAGUGUGGUGUGCCUUUCAAGUUCCAGGCUAUAGCGGCAAAAUGGGAGACUGUCUGUGCCGAGGACCUCAACAUUGAUCCAGAUGAGGUGCUUGUUGUCCACAGUGAGUGUGAUUUCAGCAAAUUGAUGGACGAGAGUGUUGACGUGGACACCCCAAGCCCCAGAGAUAUGGUGCUCAACAACAUUCGGAAGAUGCGACCCAACGUUUUCAUCCUGUUUGUCAUGAAUGGCACAUAUGGUGCUCCCUUCUUCCUGACACGGUUCCGGGAGGCACUGUUCUUCUACUCGGCACUUUUUGACAUGCUAGAUGCAACCAUUCCCCGGGAUAAUGAUGAACGGCUGCUUAUCGAGCGGGAUAUCUUUGGGCGAUCUGCCCUGAAUGUUAUUGCUUGUGAGGGUGCAGACAGGGUGGAGCGCCCUGAGACUUAUAAGCAAUGGCAGGUGCGGAACCACCGGGCUGGGCUCAAGCAGCUACCAUUGAAUCCAGAGGUCGUAAAGAUUGCAAGGGAUAAGGUCAAGAACUAUUACCACAAAGACUUCCUUAUCGAUGAGGAUCACCGUUGGCUGCUGCAGGGAUGGAAAGGGCGGGUACUCUAUGCCAUGUCGACAUGGGUUGCUGAGGAUAAUAACAUCUUUUAGCUGCUUCACUUUGCCGGGUUUUGGUUUAUAAAUGCUAUUGGUGUUUGAUAGAUGGUCUAUGUUUUAUCACAGAAACUAUGAUCCAGCACCCGUGGUUAAGUGGAUUUCCUUUUAUAGAGGGUUUGGAUGCUGAAACUUAAGGUAGAAAUAAGUAGAUGCAUAGAGCUACUCGUAGGCUGUAGAUAUAGUUCUGGAUAUGUUGCAGAGUUGUCAUAUGUACACCAAACUAAAAGCCCUGUAACUGAUAAGCAAUUUUAUGGAUCACAUAUUUGUCCUUUUGCUGUUCCA